AUGUUAGGUCCUGAAGUACCUUACAUGAGCGCCAUCGGGGCACUUAUGUAUCUUGCAAAUUGCACUAGACCAGAUAUAGCUUUUGCUACUAAUCUGCUUGCAAGAUACAGCUCAUCGCCUACCAGAAGACAUUGGAACGGAAUAAAACAUAUAUUCCGUUAUCUUCAAGGUACGAUUGAGUUUGGAUUAUAUUAUUCAAGAAACCCCGAGGUUGGUUUAGUUGGUUUUGCAGAUGCUGGCUACUUGUCUGAUCCGCAUAAGCUCGAUCGCAAACCGGUUAUGUUUUCACAUACGGUGGAACCGCGAUCUCUGGCGUUCCCAAAAACAAACUUUGGUUGCAACGUCUUCAAAUUAUGCGGAAAUCAUUGCUCUCAUGAAGCAUAUAGAGAGUGUGUAUGGUUGAGAUCUUUGAUCCAACAUAUACAAGAAGCCAGCGGAGUAUCUACAAAGAAAGAGCCAACAACCAUAUACGAAGACAAUUCUGCAUGUGUCACUCAACUCAAAGAAGGCUACAUCAAGAGCGACAGGACAAAACAUCCCUCCAAGAUUUUUCUCCUACACUCAAGAACUUGA